AUUGAACAUUUGCGCACAAACACCUUUCAAUAAAUUACGUUGCUAUUUUGUAUAUACGUGUGUCAUUGAUCAAAUUACUUCUGAUAUCUAUUUAUGAUUAGUUUUAUGACAAUAAGAUGUCUCAAAAUUUAGCAGAUAUACAUGUACGUGAAGUUAUCAGCCCCUUUGAUUUGCGCAAUUAUGAGAUGUGAUCUCAAGGUCGGACGCCGUGUUCUAAAAUUGUAACUCCCGUGCACCACUUUUUCAUUCUCGACGUGAGUUGCAUCUCAGCCACUGUUUCCUUCUAAAUUAUAAUGUCUGUACCACCCAGUUAUUCAGAUUUGGGCAAAUCCGCCAGAGAUCUGUUCGGCAAGGGGUUCAAUUUUGGAUUCCACAAACUAGAUGUCAAAACUAAGUCAUCAAACGGAGUAGAGUUCAAAACUUGUGGCAGCUCUAAUCAAGACACAGGAAAAAUAAAUGCUAACCUUGAAACUAAAUAUAAGUGGGGAGAAUAUGGUCUGACUUUUACCGAAAAUUGGAAUACUGACAAUGUUCUAGCUACAGAAAUUGCAAUUGAAGACCAGCUUGCAAAGGGUCUAAAAUUGACUUUUGACACUUCCUUUGCACCACAGACAGGCAAGAAGAGUGGCAAAAUAAAGACAGCAUACAAACAGGAAUAUGUAAAUGCUAAUGUUGAUGUGGACUUUGACUUUGCUGGGCCCACAGUGCAUGGAGCUGGAGUUCUAGGUUAUAAUGGAUGGUUGGCAGGCUACCAAAUGUCAUUUGAUACCUCAAAGUCAAAACUAUCCCGCAACAAUUUCAGUGUAGGUUACUCAAGUGGCGAUUUCCAACUCACUACCAAUGUGAAUGAUGGUGCUGAAUUUGGUGGUUCUGUGUACCAGAAAUUGAACAGUAACUUGGAGACUGGCGUUCAAUUGUCGUGGGCUGCUGGCAGUAACGCCACCAAGUUCAGCCUUGCUGCUAAAUAUACACCAGAACCAGACAGUACAUUUAGAGCUAAAGUGAACAACUCCAGUCAAAUUGGAUUGGCCUACUCACAGAAGGUUAGAGAUGGUGUAACCUUAAACCUAUCAGCACUUGUGGAUGCUAAGAACUUCAAUGCAGGUGGUCAUAAACUAGGAUUUGGUCUAGAUUUGCAAGCUUAACGUUGAUAACCCUUAGUUAAUUACCAGGUGCAGUGAUAUGAACUUUACAAUAGGAAUUAAGUAUUUAGUGAAUGGACAACAGCAAUGGACUUUCUUCAUGAAACUAACCGUGGAAAAUAUUGUUAAAAUCUUCUUCGCUCAGUGUGAUUUUGGUGACAGUACAUAGAAACAAAAUAGUGUUUUCUAUGGUUCUUUCCCGAGAAGCUUAAAAGUCCUCCCUUAAAAUUCUCUAUAUAGAUAUAAACCUGUACACAGUUUGACAUAUUAUGCAUGUUGUGUGUCCACAUUUGCCAAAAUGGAUUUUUAAACAUGAUGUGAAUGAAUAAGCAGCUAUUAUUGCAUAUAAUAAUAAUAAACAGAUGUAAAAAGUAAUUGUACAAAUGUUUAGAGCUAAAUUGUUUUGAUACGCGGACACUAGUAAUAUUUCUUGGUCAAGCAAGAUCUACCCUUAGUAUUUAUUGAUUUCAAUGUAUUCUUGUAUUGAAAACGUUGGAGUUUUCAUAUUUUGUAGCAUAAUAUAAAUGGGAAAUUGCUUGGCCAAAAAAUAUCAAAUGUUCUCUUGUACACAUGACAAUGAGUUCAGAUAACUGUCAGUUGGCUCACUUUGAAAACCUGUACAGUAUUUAUUAUCCAAACUUACUUACAACUGUAAUUUGCAAUCCAGAUGAAUGUCUGAAAUUCUCACUCCAAUACUAGGUGUUGUGAUUUAUCAGUAUUUUUUCAUCAAGUUUUAAUUUUCUGUUCAGCUUAAUAGCUGUUAUGUCAAUGGAGAUGAAUAGUCCUUUAAUUUAAUAGAUUCUGUGAAUAUUACAUAUUAAAGUCUAACAGACAAUAAUAAAACAAAUUAAAAAUUGAA